AUGACCGGGCCCCUCGGACGUCCCUACGCCGAGGAUGUCCUCGGAGGCCGAAAUAAACUCGGCAAUCCGAGCGGCGCUGGUCGCAGUCGCGGCUCCACCACCGGCUCCAUGUUCUCCGGCGCCGUUUGCGCCGUCGCCGUUGUAGCAGCACCCUCGUCCCCGGCCCUCGCGGGCUCCGGGAGGCGGGUCUCUUCCACCACCGGCGCCGACUCCACGUCCGUGACCCCCUCGACCCCAGCCCUCAAGGGCUCAGAGGCGAGGGUCUCCCCCUCUCUUUGGCUGGCGGGGUGCUCCUGCGCUUUCCCACCAGCUCCUCCUUCUCUUGCUUACGGCUGGGCGAUGCUGCCCGCUCCGCCCUUGCCAGCUUCGACAUCCGGCUGGGUGGCGCUCUCCGCGCCGCCCCGGCUGGCCUCCUCCUCGGCGUUGGCCCGGGCGGCCGCCACAGCGCCGCUCCGGCCAGUGUCAUUUUUGCCCUCCCAUGCUCAGGCUUGUUGGGCCGACAGGCCCCCCCAAGCCACCGCCUCUCGGAGCUUCACGGCCUCCGCCUCUAGGGCCGUGUCACCUCCGGUCGAGGGCUGCAGUGCUGAAUGCGGCAUCGCGUGCACCCCGGUCUUGAGGGCCUUGGUCGGCGCAAGGCGGGCCGCAUCCUUGGUGGUUUCCCUGUAG